UAUGCCACAUCUUUUCUCUCUUACUCCCUCCCUCUGUCUCUGUCUCUGUCUCUAACAGUUUUCUCUCAUUUUUCUAGCCUUUGUAAUUAAUCGGCACGCGAAGGAUAAGAGGUAUCCGUUUAUUCCAACUACGCACAUUCAUUGACGCGCUAUUCGUACACUCCUUAUUGCAUUGUUCAGUCCAUUACUAGAAGAAAAAGAGAAGCAAUAGAGCAGGAAGGCUUAUAUACCGAGGUUAUCUCUACGUCAUUCAUUAAGUGUCAUAAAAGACAUCAGCGUAACACGGGAUCCCGGAGAUCGAGAAAUAAUUAGCAGGUCAAGAUGGGUUUCUUACGUUCAGCUCUUACAGCAUCAUUGCUGCUUGCCAGCAAUACUGCUGCCCUGGACCCCAUCAUCAUGAAGGGAAACAAAUUCUUCACCAAGAAAGGCGACCAGUUUUUUAUCAAGGGUGUUGCCUACCAACAAGAGGCCGGUGGCGGGCCCGGCGGCAGCACAGACUCCAAGACUAAGUACGUGGAUCCUCUGGCCAACGAGAAGACUUGCCAGCGUGAUGUGCCGUUACUUGAGAAGUUGGGAGUGAACACCAUCCGAACAUACGCUAUCGACCCUACAGCCGACCACAGCGCGUGUAUGGCUCUGCUAGAGAAGGCCGGUAUCUAUGUUGUUGCCGAUUUGGGUGAACCAGCUCUUUCCAUCAACCGUGAAUCUCCCACUUGGAAUGUCGAGUUGUUCGAUCGCUACAAGGGUGUCGUCGAUAACCUUGGGAAGUACGACAACGUCAUUGGUUUCUUCUCCGGAAAUGAGGUUACCAACAACAACACCAACACCGGUGCUUCGGCCUACGUCAAGGCUGCUACCCGAGAUGUUAAGAAGUACAUCGCUGACAAGACAGCCAAGGGUGGACGAUGGAUGGGUGUUGGCUAUGCCGCGAACGACGACGCUGAUAUUCGUGCUAACAUGGCCCAAUAUUUCAACUGUGGUGACCAGGACAGUGCCAUUGAUUUCUGGGGUUACAACAUCUACUCCUGGUGCGGCAAGAGCAGUUUCACCGAGUCUGGAUAUGAUGUCCAGGUCAAGUUCUUCUCCAACUUCUCUGUUCCCGUCUUCUUCGCCGAGUAUGGUUGCAACACCGUUAACGGUGCCGAAGGCCGUCUCUGGGAUGAUACCACUGCCAUCUACUCUAGCCAAAUGACCGGUGUCUUCAGCGGCGGUAUCGUCUACAUGUUCCACGAAGAAGAGAAUGACUAUGGUUUGGUUAAUGUUAAGGGCGACACUGCCACUCCCAUGAAGAACUACAAGGUUUUGCAGUCGAAGCUUGCUGAAGUCAAGCCUUCGUCUACAUCCAUGGCUGCUUUUAACCCCACCAACUCUCCUGCCGCAUGCCCAGGGAUCUCCAAGAACUGGAAGGCCGCAGAGGCUCUUCCUCCUACUCCUGACAGCUCCCUUUGCGACUGCAUGUACAAGUCACUCUCUUGCGUACCUUCCGAUGAUCUUGACGAGAAGGACUUCGGUGACAUCUUCGGUUAUAUCUGCGCGAACGACGCGGCUGCUUGUGCCGGUAUUAAGCAUGAUCCUGAGAGCGGUGUUUACGGCCCUUACGGCAUGUGCAAUGCCAAGGAGCAGCUCGGACACGUCCUCAAUGCUUACUACACCAACCAGAACAGCGCGUCCACUGCUUGCAGCUUCAAGGGUGCCGCACAGAUCGUUUCUGGCUCUACAGACUCUACGUGUGAGGCAUCUUUGUCCAAGGCUAGCUCUGCUAUCGCCGUUGCUGCUACUGCUACCGCGGGUUCCACUAGCAGCUCUUCCACUGGUGAGAGCACUGAGAACGCUGCUGCACCUGGAUCCGUUCGUAUGACUCCUCUUAUGACCAUGGGUGAUAUGGUCAUUAGCCUGUAUGUGUUGGUGGCCAUGGGCGUUGGUGCUGGUAUGGUUAUGCUAUAAAGGAGUUAAUAUCACACGGUUGGAUAUGGCUUUUUAUAUAGUAUUUCCUGUCCCUGUAUUCUGGCGUAAUUCGGCCGAGCUGUUGUUUUCAUCAAAGAGAUUUAUACGUUGUGGCUACGUUGUAUGGCAUUGAGGGAUGCCAUGCUUUUUUUCCGUAUUAGACUCACAGAAUAGCUAAUUGCAACUAUCAAUAUUCAUGAGUUAGUAUAUUGUAGAUAUUUUGAUACGAACGUUUGGUGUA